ACCUGCAGCUGCUGCUGGCUUUCUGUGGUUUGUAGUGUUUUAAAAGCAUUGAUAAGAAACGACCUGAAGAAAAGACCAACUCCCGUCAUCCAGAUCAAAUUUGUUUUCUGACAGCUGUGUGUCCAUCCUACAGUCAUGAUGAAGGAGGUAACAACAGAUAAUAUCUAUGCAUACGCUCUGUCCAAGACGCUAACGAAGGUUUCAUCACCGGCAACAGUGGGACUCUACUCUUCUUGCCAGGACCGACUGUAUGUGAUUCUCGAUCAAAUGGGAGUGUACACAAAUCGGGAUUUGAGGAUUGAGCAGAAAUCUGACAAAGGACAAAAGCCCCUUGCAGUCAAACUUUCUGUCAAAGACUUGUUGCUUCUCAUUGUGAGGCUGCUCUUCUACACACCAGUCUGGACUACAGAGAACCAGAAUCGCCAUAAUGUCAGGUUCCUUUAUGUGAAUUUCAGUGCCUGGCAUUUUGCUGGCAGUGACAUGCUAUGGGCUGGGAUAGCCAUACGAUUGUUUCAUGCUAUGCAGAUGAAUUUUGGGAAACUGCAACUCGCACUCUAUCGUGUUACUCAAUAUGAUGAAGAAGAUGAAGUAAAGGCAAAGGAGGUGAAGGACAUCCCUAACAACUGGAUAUCCAAGAAGGUUUGCUGCUGCCCCGUGUGGUUUUUCCUACUGUUAAUCAUUGUUGUCCCAGUAGUUCUCCUCGUUGUCUUUUUUGUUUGGGUUCUUCCUAAUGCUGAGAUAAAACCAGAGGAGCAGGGGACUGAAGCAAGUAGUGAGAUGAAUCUACUGGAGGGCUUUGCUAUAGCAUCCUUAGGAGUCCCAGCAGUGACAGGACUCAGGUUUGCCUUUCAGAUGGUCAAGAACCUCAUUUUCAGUCAAGAACAGAACAUCAAGAGACGAAUGGACAAUGAACGGAUCAGCAACCAAUUAGGAUUCAUGAAUGAAGUCAGGAAAGAGAUGUGGUUUCUGACUCAAUUCAUCAAGUUCAUGGAGGUGUUUGAAAGGAGGAGGAUUCGUAUUGUGUUGAAAAUCACUCAUCUGGACCGUUGCUCCCCCAAGAAAAUUGUUGGAGUCCUGGAGGCCAUCAAUAUUUUACUCUCAGAUGAGGAAAGCCCAGUGCUUUCCAUUCUGGCUGCAGAUCCAAAUGUUUUAUUAGAAAAGGUGAAAUUUGCAGAAAGCUGCUUCUGCAAAGAGGACAGAGCUCACGCACUGCUGAAGCGCAUAGUCACAUUGGCCUUCACAGUCCCACCAAUGUGUGAAAAUUCAAAGCGCAGCUUAUUUAAUAGUCUUAACAACACUCCAGGCAUCUCUGAAGAUUCCUUUUCCAGAUGGAACAGACACAGGAGAAAGACAUCUUCAAUAGAUCUGUCUGUGGUGGCAAUUGGGGAAUCAAAGGAGUUAUAUCCUCUGACCAACACAAAUAGAGAUAGUUUAGAUGUGAAGGAGGAUGAAUUGGAGAAAAUGGUUCAGACAAUACUUUGCAAUGCUGAAAAAAAGCUGAACAAGUACAUGCUAGAUGAUGCCAUCUCAAUGAAGAGGACGAUCAGCUCUGUCUGGGUAACGGUCAUAAUACUGAAGUUACUGAAGAAAGAGUUUCCUGACCCAGAGCACACUGCAGCAUGGGUGGUUCUAGCCAACCAGUGGCCCUGUCGAUUCAGCUGGAUCCUCCAGUGUGUGGAGGAUGAAAAGCAGAGAGCAGCGAUUGAUCAACCGAACAUGACCUUUGAUGAUUCAAAGACCCUUUGGGAGGUCUUCAGGGAGUUCAGGGAGGAGCUAUACGUGAUGCGGACACACAUCGAGGACCUCCUCGAGCAGGACGGAGAUCCUGAAGUGUUUGAAGCGUUACUCAAGGAUGAUGAGUUUGAGUUCACCUUGAAGAACCUGGAGAUCUUUCAGGUAGGGAUGGUGAAUCUGGAUCAGUCAAUCAAGAGGGAACUGGCUCUUAUCAGAGGGACUUGCAGGCUGGAAGAUUCUGGUUGGAUGAAGAACAUAGCUCCUCUUCCAGUCACAAGUCUUAUCAAAAUGACCACAGACGACAUAUGUGAAGAGAUGGAGAGGAUGAAAUUGGACAGUACGUACAGGGAAACAGUGAAAAAACAUAAACUCAAUGGCUCUGCUCUGGUCUUUGGUGACAAAGAAGACCUGAAAGCCCUCCUGGGUAUGACAUUUGGUGAAUGGGCAACUUUCAAACAGCACUUCUUGAGUUUUGGCUCACCCAUCCAGCCACAGCACGAGAACAUGCUGCCAUUACCUGCCAAAAACCACCUGUCCAAGUUGCUCCAGUAUGCAGUGAAGAGAUAAUUACUCAUCUACCACCAGCCUGUGUUAACAGUUGCCUUUUGUAACAUAAUUAAAUACAUUGAGAGUGCUGAGGUACACUGAGUGCUACAAAUCUUUUUUUUUUUUGUAACCCUUUUCCAUGUUUGUAUGGCUUUGAUGAGCAGAUGUGUUGAUCAAGUGUUGAAAUAUGUUUUCAUUACACCUCAGCUGUUGCUUCUGGCUUCCAGGAUAUGGACUCAAGUCCCAAAGUGCAACAUUUUUCACCCACUGUAUAAAUAUAUUAAUUCACAGCUGAACUACAACUCAAGUGUGUUAGUGAGUCAUUUGACUUCUACUGGAAGUGUUUAGCAUGUGCAUGCUUCUUUUAAUGUACUUGUAGUUCAAAACCAUUUAACAAAUAAAACACAAAAAUUCAGUUUGAGUUUGCAAUGAUGGAAACUUGAUUAUCUACUAAACAUUACCAGGUCAAAAAAGAGUUUCCGGUAUUUACCACACAAGAGAUUUAUAGCUCAAAAUUUUUAAACAUUAAUGAAUAAGAGUUCAGUCGUAAGUAAAACAGUCCCAUUAUGACCUCUAAGAAACUUAACACCACAGAGCACUGAAGUUAUGUUGUGGGGAAAAAAGAUUGAUCAUAAGCUCAUAAUUAUUAAUUCCUGUAAACUUAAGAUACUGAUCUUUAAUGAAGCAGCUCAACACUGUCCAUAAGAUGUAGUUCACUCCAUCCUAAUUAAAUGCCAAGUCAAAUGAAAUGUAAAUAAGGUGUUCCAAUAGUAA